AUGGGAAGUGAUGACUAUUCUUACUAUAGAUUUAUUGCAGCUGUGAGCUUGGAAAUGGCCACAGAAAGUGAUGAGGCUCAGCAAGCUAUACCUAUGGGUAUACUACUGGCUACAAAGGGAACAGCAGGCGAUCGUCUUCUUUUCCUGUAUCCUCCCUCACCGUCCAAAACUAAUGCUAAAUCAACAGAAGCUUCGUCAAGCACGUUAGUGGACUCCAUUCUGAAAACUGAUCGUGAUGCCAGAUUCAAAUCCUAUGCUCCUACAACUUCUUCUCAGUUUCCGGUACUCAUGACAAAACAGAACAUGAAGAAAUCCGGCGAAAUGUCGUUCCCCACACAGUUUAUACUCUCUACAUGCAUGUUGGCGAAUAUACUGAGUGUCAAAGACUCAGCUGUCGGAUGCACCAUUCGAACUGAAAGUCGACAAUGUGCGAUUUGCCGGCCACCCGAAGAAGCUUGCGUAGACUCUCAUCUCGUCGAGUCUUUCCAGCUACUAAGCAAGAAGCUUGCAUUGGCGAUUGAUUCACUUCAGACCCAGCGUAGCUAUUUUGCUGAGCAGACAUGCUUGGAGGUGCAGUUCUUAGAGCAUUUCAUCACACUGUACUGUAGUACCUUGCCAUCACUUAAACAGGAAAGAGCGAUGCGAUCGGCCUUGGAUGAAUUUGAAGCAGAAGUAUCGAGCCGACCGGAGAGUGACCAGUCGCUUCUUGAAAUUCCUUGGGAUACUGUAAGUCUUUCGACACUUCACACAAUACAAUUUAUUACUGCUGUUAUCGCUCAGAUACGAAAGAGAAGCGCACUGGCGGAACUUCUCACCAAGGUAUUUCUGGACGUUGGACGAACUGGAGUAGUCCAAGUUUUUGUGGACAACUUUAUUGAAGUGGGCUUUUGUGCUCAGUCUCGUGCGUUUGCCCACGCUCACUUGACUCCGAAGAAUCGCGCAGAGAUUGAUAGAAUAGUCAAACGGAUACGGCCGUACCAUGGCAUACUACUCUUGGAAGACGUUUGGCCAAGUCCUGAUGCUAAUCCGUCAGUAACAUUGCUUUUAAAGCACUGCGAAGCGGACAGAUCUAUUUUAGAUAUGUCGACUGCUUCAGGAAUACCUCUACUUCAGGUAUUUCUUAUUGUACGCCAUUUACUGUUAUGGGCUCGUGCUAUCGUUAUCUAUCCGUUAUGUAACUCAAACGUCUACGCAUCCGCCACGUAUCCAAAGCCAUGGAAAAGGUGGUGGUUUUGA